AUGGACGUCGACCUGCCCGCCUCCCCAUGGAAGCGCCAAGUCGCCUUAACCUCAAUCCUCCCAGCAGCUCAGCGGCAACCGAAACCAGUCUCCUCGCGCUCCCUGAAACCCAAACCCCGAGCAGCAAGGGCGAGUCCUAGCACCAAUGGUACCUCGUACCAUUACCAUACAUUUACACAUGGCUCUCCCGCUGGAGGGCGCGGCACGACUCCCCCGUGGCAUCUUGGAUAUGCAAGUCAAGACAUGGUUGGGAAUGCUUAA